CUUCCGGAGCGCCGCGGUCUCGAGCAAUAGCACCCGCCCCCUCCCGCUAGAUUUCUGUGUCCCCAUGGAAAGCUUGGCCGCUGCUCGCCCACCGCCCAAGACCAGCAAGCGGCGUGCCCACGAGUUCGAGAGCCCAUCUGGACUUCCACCAUCAGAGAUGACUGCAAAGGCAUCAACAUCAAAAGCUGCCAUGUCUUGGUAUUCUCAUCCAGUAUAUGCAAGAUACUGGCAACAUUAUCAUCAAGUGAUGGCUUGGAUGCGAAACCACCAGGUCGCCUACAGGAAGGCUGUGGAAGCCUAUUUCAGUUUCCCGUGGUACUUCCCAAAUUCACUUUCACCCCAAGGCUCUUACGAUAACAAUGCUGGAGAUCCUCAGUCCUACUAUGGCCAUCGCAUGGCCUGGCAGAACUCCCACUGCAGCUAUUCCCAUGACGGAAGGGCUGAGCAGCCUCUACGUGACAGUGGUAGGAUCCAGCCCUCCACAAGAGAAGACCAAGCUUUGUUGGAAGAGGAGGAGGUCGAGAUAGAGUCAGAUGAUGAGGUAGAAUAUGACCUGAGCAAUAUGGAAAUCACUGAUGAGCUCCGCCAGUACUUUGCCGUGACCGAGAGGCACAGAGAAGAGAGACGGCGCCAGCAGCAGCUGGAGGCAAAGCGCCUGGAUGAGUACGUGAACGCUGACCAUGACCUGUACUACAACAACCGCAGGACCGCAGAGCCCCCAACCGAGAGUCCGGGUGAGCGGCGCCAGGCCGAAAUGAAGUGCUUGUAUGGGGUCAGCGCUCCCAAGAUCCUGGCCAUGGAGACUGCAGUGCAGCUGAGCUUUGACAAGCACUGUGACAGAAAGCAGCCCAAGUACUGGCCUGUCAUUCCCUUGAAGUUCUGAGCCUUGAGCACAAGGCCCCCAGGGAAUGCUUCCGGAACAGUCCCCAGCCUCACCCCUGCCUUUUUUUUUUUUUUUUGGAACCGAGGAUCAAACUCCGGUCCUUGUGCUUGUGAGGCAGGCGCUGGAACCACUGAGCGAAAUCCCCGGCCCCCUGCCUUUUUUUUAAGAUAAACUCUUUUCAUCUCUUCUGUGCAUUUCUCAGGGAAAGAGGCCUUUAUACUGAGAGAUAAGCAUGUUCCCCAAAGGCCCACUGGGCCUCUCAGGGACUGUGUACUAUAUUAGCUUCCCUAUUGCUAGAACAAAAUACCUGACACUUACAAUCUGUUUGGGUUCAUGGUUUGGGAAUGUUCAGUCUAAGGUAGAAACAGCCUGCCGGAAAGACAUGGAGAAAAACUGCUUACCCUAUGGCAGCCAUGAGGCAGAGAGAGAAGGAGGGAGGGGUGGCGGAUGCUUCCAGGUCAUGCCCUCAGUGACCACCCCUCCGACCAGUCCCCACCUUACAGCGUGGGAACUCAUCAGCGGAUGAAUCCAUUGGUGAAUACAGCUCUGCCAUGGUCCAGUCACCUUCCAAAAACCCCACCUCACCUCCAAACACAUGAGAUUUGUGAGGGACAUUUUACAUGUGAACUGUACCAGGGUGGAUGUCAUAUGUCGGCUACUUGGAAGUCAGCAGGAUGGCUACUGUUGCCAACAUGAGAAACUUUCUCUUGACAAAAUGAAAUGUUUUGUCUUUUUAUAAAUUUUUUUAACCCACCUGGACUUUGCAAAUACCUUAAGCCAGAUGUUCUGUCUGCCUUAAGCCAGUUGUUUAGCUCCCACUGAAAACGAGACAUGCAUGCAGUGAGACAAGUACCACUUCUUUCUAAUGCAUGGCCUGGCCUGGCUGCUUGGUAAAGGGCCAGAGAAUAAGUACUUUUGGUUUUGCAGGCCACAGGGUCUGCGCCGCAAAUGCCCUCAGGGUGUGAAAACAGUCAUAGAGGGUAACAAAACAAACUGGGUUCCAAUAAAACUUUAUUUGUGAAAACAAGCAUAGCGGAGGCCAGCCUAGGCAACUUAGCAAAAUAAAAAAUGAUACAGACUGGUAGUGUAGCUCAGUGGUAGAGCAUGCCUGGGUUCAAUGCCCAGUACCAAGGGAGAAAAGGCAUGGUCUACAGGUGGUAGUUGUACCAACUGCUGCUCUAGCGGAGUGAGAGUCUCCUGUCUGACAUUAGUGUUAUCUUUUUUUCUCUACAGAGCAUUAAUGUCAUACAAAAUUGAAAGCAAAGUAUAAUUCCCAAGCUUGGCCACUUCUGUAGUCUCUGUUACAGAGAAGGCACAAUUGAGCUGGGACUCUAUAUAGCAAAUAUUGUUUUGAUAAAGGAAUGCAUUUCUGAGAAUGAAAAUCUAAAAAUUGAUGGGACAGUCCAUUUGUAAAAAGCAGCUGCCUCUUAAAUAAGUUAUUACAGUCCAUUGCCAGGGUGAGCUGUGUUGACCCGACAAGAUUAGCACAUCCAUCAAAGGUUAGGGAAAAGAUUUAGUCUUGACGCGUUUCUCCCUAAGAACACAGCUUCGCAUUCAGCCCCUGCCCUGAGCCAAAUCCAUUACUUUCAUCAGCCCCAGGUGUUUAGUUUUCCAAGCUCUCAUUUUAUUACUGGAGUUGCAAUUUGUCCUUAGGUUGUUGCAGACAAAGUCAGAAUUCACUUGCCCCUGAGGUGACACAUGACUAGAAUUUCCUAUCUUUAGUAUUUCUCCUUUUCACUGGAAACUCAUAGGCCUAGGUGUAAAAUAAAUGUGACUCAAACACAUGCAAAGCAAAGCCAUCCUUGCAGCAGGGGCUUAGCUCUUUGGGAGUGAGCACUUCUGUUUACCUCAGACUCACAACCUCCCAAAGAAUACAUCAUGUGGUCCCACCCCUUGCUGGCUUUGUCAUCUUACGUGGCAGUUACUUUGACCUCUAGGUUGUCUUCCCUUCCUCAAAGUGAGUGUUAAUACCACUACCCCUUCAUGAGGUCAUGACGAGGACCACGUUGCGUAGUGCCUGUGAAACACAGUGCUGGCUACACGGUCAGUAAUCAAUAUCGAUUUAUUCCCUGUCUUUAAAACGUGCCGGGGGAGUCUAGGAUUUACACUGAAAUAGGGAGAACUGUUUCCCUGGCAGCUCUCGAACUGAUGUGUCGCCUUCUGGGCGACUUAUCCCCCCCUCCCUGUUUUUCCUCCCAGGUGUCCCUCGGGGCACCAGUGACUUAUUUGUUCAGCACAUAUUUGAGUCUUCUUCAUCCAGUUGGCUACACCAUCCUCUCUGCCCUUGGGGAUGGCACUGGGGGCUCAAGGGAGGCAGCCAGGCAGCUGUGACAGCAGUUGCAUCUGUACACUGGUAUAGGCAACCAAAAGAGCUAACUGGGGCUUCUCAGCCUGUGCACUACUGAUAUUUGGGGCCAGAGCAUUCUCUGUUGAGGGGCGAAGAAGCUUCCUGUGCAUUGUAGGGUGUUUAGCAGCGUCACUGACCUCUACCCACAAGAUGCCGAUGGCACCCCCACCACCAUUGUGACAACCAAGCACGCCUCCAGACCUUGUCACAGACUGAGAAGGGAGGCAGAAUCUGCGUAUGGGAAACUCCCAGUUGUUUGGAGACUCGAGGACAGUUCAGCACUGGCUACAGAGAACACGACACGCAGGUACUGCUCAGAUCGCAAUGGGGGCUUCCCAACGUGAAGGAAACUGAGAGAAUCCUGACCGGGAAACAGCACAGACCCACUGAAGAAAGGGCUAGAUGCAGAAGGAAGGAUGUUGGCCAGCGUGACCCGGAAUCAGCCUAUCAGGUGACUCAGCUAAACCCUCAGCGUGCUCCAGAGAAGCCACACAGCUAGGGUUGCUUUGAUGACAAGAGUCAGACUUCUCAAGGUCCGAUUGUUCAGUGUACCUGAGAAGUGUUAAGAUGAGACUUUGAUCUCUAUGGGCCCCAGUCUAGUUUUUUUUUUCCUCUUACCCUCUUUUCUAAAUCCCAUUUUUGCUUCUGUUUGGGAGCAACUGUCCAGUGGCUUUUAUCCUCUGUGUGUAUGACCGAAUAUUUGCAUACCUAGUUCUAAUUAAUUGUCCCUGGCUCUUUGGGCAACUGUAGAAAAAUCUGUAGAUGGCUCAACUGAUAGGAACACAGGUUGGAAGUGCCAAUGUCUGCUGGGUAAAAAACCUCUUUUUUCUCUCUAGGUAGAGAGAGAGCACGUAACACUGACACCAACUGUGGGGUCACCCCCAGCACAAAGCAGCUCUUCAGUGGCCACUAGCUGGGUGUCAUGUGACACUAUCUGUCUGGAAUUACCAUCAGAUCCCACAAGACUGCCCCUGCUUCAGUUGCCAGUACCACAAAAAUAAAUAAAUAUGACCAAGGAUACAGCUGAAGAA